GGUACAUCGUAAUAUCCCGGGAAAAGCUCUUUAACCUUGCAAGGCUACGAGAGUAACCUACCUAGGUACCUAAGGUAUCAUAAAGUCGCAUCCGAUUUUUCCGAUGGACCAUGAACAGCUUCCAAAAGUUCAUCAAGGCCGGCUGGUGUAAAAGCUCUUUACGUAUGGUGUCGUCCUCGUCUUCUACCGAGUCGCGACGGAUACCAGCAGCGUGGCUGCGACAGGUUGUGGAGGACAAGUCCGAGGCGCCGAGAUUAUACGCUUGGCGCCUCGCAAACUUACCUGAUGGCGAGCAGAGUUACGCCCGUAAUUCGCCCGAAGCAAGCCAGAGCGAGACAGUAAUAAUAAAUAACACCUCGGAUGACGAGCGUCGCCGGAUAUACAUCCUGGGCGUCGGCAACAUCGGGCGUCUGUACGCGAUCUUCCUCGCGAAGAAUAACGACGCGCAGCCGCCACCAUCACCACCACCACCGAUUACUCUGGUUGUCCACCGGAGGGAGCUCCUAGAGCAGUGGAAAGCGCAUCCGGGUAUCGAGCUGGUGCGCCGCGGCGACGAUGGUAAGAGGGAAGUAGUAGAAAGAAACCCCACGUUCCGCGUCGAGUGGUGGACCGACGCCCAGCCGACGCACGGUCCCGUCAGGGAACCGGGCUCGGGAAGUGGCGUCAGGAACCUAAUCGUGGCGACCAAGGCCCCAGACGCGAUCCCGCAGGUCGAUCGCGUGAGGCGCUACCUCGGCGGCGCGUCGACCGUCGCGUUCGCGCAGAACGGCAUGUGUAAGCUCUGGCCGCCGCUGGGGGAAGCGUACGUCGCGGCGCGGUUUGGGGGAAUUACUACUACGACUACUAGUAGUAAUGGAGAAGAAGAAGAAGAAAUGCGCCGCGGCCCGCAAUGGCUCGCGUGCGUGACGACCCAUGGCGUCACGUCGCUCGGACCUUUCCGCAGCGUCCAUGCGUCACCUGCGGACGUGCUCGUGGGACCCGUAAUGGUGCCGGGGGUCCGUCAUAGUGGUCGUGGUAGUGGGGACGGCCGGGAUGACAAGGGCAGUAGUGGUAUUAGUAGUAGCAGUAGUACUAGCGAGGAAGAUAAAGAUAGAAAUGCUAGUAGUAGUCGUAACUACCUGGUCGAACAGAUCGUCAGAGCGCCCAGGUUGAACGGCCGAAAGGUCGCGACGCGCGAGUUGUGGGUGGCGCAGCUGGAGAAGCUGGUGGUUAAUUCAGUGAUCAAUCCUCUGACUGCGGUGCUGCGGUGCAAGAACGGGGAACUCUUCGAAGAGCGAGGGGAUGGUUUGAAGGAUGUUGUCGAAAUGUUGGUGGACGAGGCGAGUCGCACGCUAAGAGCGCUCGUAGCGCAUCCGAGUAGCGAAGGGAUACUUUCACAGGACGAGGAUGAGACGGGUAGUGUGAUAGAAGGAACGGGGGCUGCGAAAGGAAGCCUCGCGAAGACACGAGGAGAGCUCCUGGAAAGGUUCUCCCCCGCGCGGCUGCGGACGAUGCUCCACAGCGUCGGCGAAAAGGUAGCGGCGAACACGAGCUCGAUGCUCCAGGACGUGCGGGCCGGGAAGAAGACCGAGAUCGAGGACUUCAACGGCUGGCUCGUGGAGACGGCGCGGUAUCUCGGCGACGGGAGCGGACUGCCGGUGAACGAGAAGUUGAUCUCGCUUGUUGUAGAUGGCGCAGUGCGGACGAGAGAUGAGUUGGUUAGGGAGCUUCGAGGUUAGUUAAAGCUACCUAGGUGUGUGCCGAGGUAUUAUACCUGAUACCUAUGAAGUUAUCUUAUUGUUAGUUAAGGUUAUAGGUAUUCGAUGUAUUCUUUCUAAAAGGGGGUGUACCACAGGUAAUGAACCAGGCACCUAAGGUGUACUUAGGGUGAAGAGGUCUUAGGGCGGAGAAGUACUUUCAGUGCGCUUCAUCAACUGCGGAAAUCAAUCAUAUUUCAAAUCCUGGUUCCGACUUAGUUUCUAGGAUUAACUUUUACCUGUUUGCCGUAUACAUUAGGUAGUAUGUUACGUGUUUCAAGAACAGAUCGGUUUCCAAGAGCCAGGUAGUCCAAUAGUAAUAGUGACAAAUGACAAGAUAGUUUCAUUUCCCUUUGUCUAUUACAUAACUCAUAUAUUACGUCUCAGCC